UGGUCGACGGUGAGAUGUCGGCAUAUGAAAACGUUGUUGGCGGGAAGCUGAGGUUGAAGGGACAGCCACUAGAUGUGAAAACAGUUGGCAUUUCUAAGACGAAAAAGAAAAAGCAUCAUUAUCAUGAUCGACCCAGAACAGGUGGAAACAACUCAUCAUCAAAAGAUCAUGGUGAGAAUAUAAAUGAUGAGACAGACAAAGAUGACAAAAAGGGUCAGGCUGCCAAGUACGAUGACCAUAUUACAGCAGCUGAGAGGCGUUAUCUUCAACAGUGGGAGAAAAUUGAUCUCCAAAGACUUACUAAGAUGGCCAGUAAAUCACACCGUGAUCAGAUUCAAGAAUUCAACCAAUAUCUGGCUAACCUAAGUGAGCAUUAUGACAUUCCUAAAGUGGGGCCUGGUUAGUUAGUUUGUUUGAUUGGUCAGUCGAAUUGAAUUUUGAUUGCAAUUGUAUUGUGGAAUUGCAAACAUGUUUUCCUAUUCAAUUGAAAUGGUGUGAUUCCUAUUCUAAAAAUGAGGUCCUAGAGAUGACCGUUGAAGAACUUACAUAUUUUAAUCAUCUGAAAUGGUUGGACUUAAAAUUUUAUAUGAGGUACUUUCCUUGAUAUUUGGCAAGUCAGAUUGUAAUUUCAUGGAUGUCUUUGGAUGGUAGAUGAAAUUUUCUGGAAUAUGUUUGAA